AUGUCGAAACCCACCGUUCUCCUCAUCGGACCAUUGGCACACAUAAAUAAAGAGUGGGAAGGGUUAGGUUCAAAAUAUAAUUUGAAAGAGUUCCGAGAAGGCACACGCGAGCAGUUCCUCUCCAACUGCAAGACCGGCAAGUACGACGACAUAGUGGCUUUGUAUCGCUCGAACCAAUCCGUGUCAGAAACUGGCCCCUUCGAUCAAGAGCUGGUUUCGGUUCUGCCACGGUCUUUGCGAUAUAUCUGCCACAACGGAGCGGGGUACGACAAUAUUGACGUGGACGCCUGCACUCGAAGAGGACUCAAGAUAUCCAGCACGCCCAUUGCGGUUGAUGACGCCACCGCUGAUGUCGGCAUAUUCCUUCUGCUGGGUGCUCUGCGGCUGGCAUGGGUACCUUUAGUUGCGAUCCGCGAAGGCCAAUGGCGAGGGAAGGCCCAACUCGGACAUGAUCCGAAGGGCAAAGUGCUGGGUAUCUUGGGAAUGGGGGGAAUCGGCAGAGCGAUGGCUCAUCGAGCGCGAGCAUUUGGGAUGAAGAUCGCCUACCACAACCGAACGCGGCUACCAAAAGAGCUCGAGGGUGACGCGACGUACCUGAGUUUCGACCAGUUACUCGCGCAGUCCGACGUGCUCAGCCUGAAUCUCUCUCUCAAUGCCAAAACGCGGCAUAUUAUAUCUGCACCAGAAUUUGCGAAAAUGAAGGACGGAGUGGUGAUCGUCAAUACGGCUCGAGGGGCGCUGAUCAAUGAAAAAGAUCUGGUGGCAGCGCUGGAGAGCGGCAAAGUGUCUUCGGCAGGGCUGGAUGUGUUCGAGGAGGAGCCCAAGGUGGAAGAAGGGUUGUUGAAGAACGAGAACGUCUUUAUUGUGCCGCACAUUGGCACCAAUACCUACGAGACACAGCGGGAGAUGGAGUUAUUGGUGUUGCACAAUCUGGAGAAUGCGGUGGACAAAGGGUCUCUGUUGACACCUAUUGCAGAGCAGAAGGAAAAGCUCAACGGCCAUUUAUGA